GUGUAUUCAUUUGGUGUGACUAUGUACGAAAUUUUUGGGUGGUGUGAAGCAUAUCCAGUUAAACAGUUUAAAUUUCCGUGGAAAAUUGUUGAGUAUGUUAUAUCUGGAGAAAGACUACUUGUCUGA